AUGCGUGCUUGCAUGCUGGCCUUUGCGUUCUCCGCAGUCAUGUACUCUGCCGCUGCCUUUGUAUACCCAGAAGCCGUACCUCUGCAUCGUCGACAAGCACCGGGAACGCCACAGUAUGAGUGCCAUGCCGAUUGUGGAGGUGUAAUCGUUGAUGCUCGCACUCCAGGAUAUUGUGAUUCGGCCAACUUCACGACCACGUUGGACGCUUGCCUUGACUGUGCGCUCCAAUACGAUAUCUGGCAAUAUUAUGGCGAAAGUGUCGCUGAAGCUGCCGAGGGCUGUGGCCUCGAUGCAACCCCUGUUCCCGCCAACGCGACCGCGGCGACAACCGGCACCUCUUCUUCGGCUACGGCUUCUGGCUCCGAGACUGCGAGCUCAUCUGCUGCGUCGGACACAUCGGCAGGUUCCUCAUCUGGCGCGUCGGAGACAUCAGCAAGCCCUUCGACUGCUGCACCGAGCAGCUCUGAGACUGCCACAGCUGCGGCCUCCGGUGCUGCAGCGUCAGCAACCUCUGAUAGUGCUGGAAGUCGUGCCCUCUGGACCGGUGGCCUAGCCAUGAUUCCGCUUGCUGCAGCAAUGGCGGACUUUGUAUAA